AUGAGCUUUAAAGAUGCAUUCCAAAAGUAUAUAGAUCAUCCAAAAGAUCAUCACGACCUUGUUUUAUUUCACGAUGAGAAUGUAAUUAUAAUUAAAGAUGGAUUCCCAAAAUCACUUCGUCAUUUAUUAGUCAUACCCCGUAAUCCCAUAAUAACAAAACAACAUCCAUUAGAUGUAUUCAAUUCAAAUUAUGAUGAAUAUACAGGAGAAGGAUUAUAUCAAUUAAUAUCAAAAUACGUCGACAAGGCAAAACAAUUAAUCAUUGAUGAUUUAAUCCAGAAAUUCAAUUUAAACCCCGAGGAGUAUAGAUUAAAGUUAGAUGAAUUUAAGAAUACGUUUAUAAAAGCUGGUGUUCAUUCAAUUCCAUCUCUAAGUAAUCUUCAUAUCCAUGUCUUAACUCAAGAUUUCCAUUCUCCGAGAAUGAAAAACAAAAAGCAUUAUAAUUCAUUCACAACCAAAUUCUUUGUCCCAUUCGAACAAUUAAAUCCAAUAUUUAAUGAAAAAUAUUAUAAACUAAACAAUACUAAUCAUCCAAUCGAUGAUGAUUAUGAUCCUGAUUCAGAUUAUGGAAGUAAUAGCAGUGCCUCGGAUGAGGAUGAAUAUCGACCAAAAUUUAUUAGACAUAUACGACUCAAAGCUUCAUUAUUGGAUAUUAUUUCAAAUACGCCAUAUAAAUGUACUUCAUGCGAUUCAACUUUUGGUAAUCUGUUGGUAAAAUUAAAAGAUCAUUUGUCGAAAGAGUAUCAAAAGAGAUAUAGUAUAUUUGGUGAUCCUUCUAUAUUGUCUCCAAAUAAUAUUUAG